AUGUCGGCGCAAGACCUCAACCAGCAGAACGAGCAGGACGAAUUCCUGGGUGCCGGUGAGGGAGAGGAAGUCUUCACUCAGGAUGACGACCACCCCAUGGAGUCCGAUGGCGAAGAAGAGGAUCAAAACAUGGACUACGAGGAGCACGUCUUCCAGAACGACUCGGCCGCACACUUCGACUCGCACUCAGACUCUGUCUUCUGCAUCGCACAACAUCCAAUUCAUAACAACAUCGUCAUCACCGGCGCCGGCGAUGACACAGCUUACAUCUUCGACUCAACACCCGCCGAGCGGCCCGUUCUCCCCUCAAGCUAUGAAUCAAACCCCCAGCCCCGCGAGCGCUCAUCGCUGAACCCCCCUCGCAAAACUGGAUGGACACACCGACACCGUCAACGCGAGCCUGCGGGCGAGUACGUCAUGACGGCAGGUUUGGACGGCAAGCUCCGCGCAUGGCGGGACUCGACACCCCAGAAGACGGGCCUUGCGUGGGAAUUCGUGGCCGAGGCCCAGGAAGUGGAGGAAAUCAACUGGGUGUCUGUCUGUCCUUACCAGCAAGGCAGGGAUGAGACACGCAAUGUCAUCGCCAUGGGCGCCAACGAUGGUAGCGCUUGGGUCUUCCGUAUCGAUCAUACCGAUUCCCAGCCCAUUUCCAUCAUCCAGACUUUCUUCCAGCACACUGCUUCAUGCACGGCUGGUGCCUGGACGGCGGAUGGAAAUCUGCUGGCGACUGUCUCCGAGGACGGAAGCUUCUAUGUCUACGAUGUGUUCGGUGCUGCUGCCGCGGCUGGCAUCGCCCCCUCGCCCGGCACCAACUGCGUUGUCGCGUUGACUGCGGAGGAUCAGCGAUUCGCUGUUGAGGGCGGUCUCUAUUCCAUUGCUAUCUCACCGGGUGGUGGUAUUGCUGCUGUUGGUGGUGCUGAGGGUCAUAUCAAGGUUGUCGGUCUGCCUCGCAUUGCCGGUGCCCCACAGGCUGCGAAGGGCAAGGCGUCUCAAUCAGCGACUGCCUCUGCUGCGGGCACAAUCAUUGCCGGUCUUCAGGCCCAAUCUGAUGGCAUUGAGACUCUGUCUUUCUCCCAGCCCCCGCUGACUCUUCUGGCUGCGGGUUCGGUCGAUGGCUCUAUUGCUCUGUAUGAUGCUGCUCACCGAUUUGCCGUUCGUCGUCACGUCCGGGAGGCUCAUGAGGGCAGCGCUGUCGUCAAGGUUGAGUUCCUGCAAAGCCGGGCCCCUGCUGCCCCUCGCGCUGGUACUGCCCAGGGUCGGCCCUGGUUGCUCACCACCGUUGGACUAGAUGGAGUUGUCCGCCGGUGGGACGCCCGGGGUGGAACCACUGCUGCCGGCCAGGGUUUGUUGAAGGAGUGGAAGGGACACUUGGGUCUCUCCGAGACUGAGGAGGGUGAGCAGGCAGGAGGCAUCAUGGGCUUUGUCCAGGGCUUCGACGGCAAGCGUAUUGUCACUGCGGGCGAUGAUGGUGUCACUCUCGUGUUUGAGGAUGAGUAG